GGUGCUUGAUGACAAAAACGUACGUCGAAGAUUUCGAGCCAGCAACUACCAGUCUACAACAAGGGUUAAGCCGUUCAUCUGUACUAUGCCCAUGAGGUUGGACGAAGGCUGGAACCAGAUACAGUUCAACUUGGCUGACUUCACACGAAGAGCUUACGGCACUAACUAUGUUGAGACCUUAAGAGUCCAAAUACAUGCAAACUGCAGAAUAAGAAGAGUUUAUUUCUCCGACAGAUUGUAUUCAGAAGAUGAGCUCCCAGCAGAGUUCAAAUUGUUCCUUCCAAUUCAAAAUAAAGCCAAAGUAGCAGCAGCAACUUAAACAAUUAAGUCAUAUUCUUGACAAAGUUUUUAUUUUUAAGUUUUAUUUUUAUUCCCUGUUUGAAUCCUGUGAUUUAUGCAAUUUGGAAGUGUUUUACACAUUUAUUAAAAAAGUGCACUUAUUAAAUAAUUUUUAAUAUUCAGUGAACCCAGCUUUGUCUAUUAAUAGUAAGUAAUCAUAAGACAAUACGGAUUUAAACUUUUCUAAAUCUAAAAAUCACAAGUAAAUUUCAUGUUUAAUUUGUGCUGAGCCAAAAGGUCCUACAGGUUUUAUUUCAUUAAAAAUCAUAAUAUUUUUUAUUUAUUUAAGUAGGCAGGCACUUUUAAAUUACAACAAUAAUGAUAAAUAAUUUGCCAUUGUUGUACACCAUAGAUAUAUAAUGCAUAGUAUUGAUUGUAUUCAUAAACCUCAAUGUAAUUCUAUGAAAGACUUCAGUUAAAAAUUUCUAAUAGCUUCGAAAAAAAACAAGGUAAAAUUACAACCAAUGAGAAAUUCUGAAAUGUUGGAAUUUAAUGAUUCUACAUAAAAAAAAAAGUAAUUGUAGCUUUUGAUGAUAAUUUUGAAGUCUACUAAUUUCUGAGCGAGUAUAAGGAACUAAAUACCUAAUAGCUCAUAUGUAUGUUUAUAAAAUAUUUAAGAAUUUCUUAACAAAGUUGGAAAUCUGUAGUAAUAUAUUUUGAAUGAUUGGGAUGGCUGUUAUGCUAUACAAUUGAACUUCAUAUUAUGUAUAACUAGCGGCCCGCUCCGGCUCCGCUCGGGUCUUUAACAAAAAAUUCAACGAUAUUUGACGUUGUUUUAUUUUUUUAAAUAAAA